AUGUGGCUGCUGCUGCAGUUUGUCUGGCUCUGUUUUCCAUCGUCUCUUGGUCUGAAUAUCCAGCAUGAGACCGAGGUACCUGAGUAUCCUGAUGAACUACGCUGUGGGCUAAGGAGCUUUCAACUCACCAUAAACCCUCUCAGCCAAGAGAUGGAGACUCCUCCUGCACUAGUAGCAUGGGAUAACCGUGGGCUGCCACACAGCCUGCAGAAUGACUCUGACUGUGGCACCUGGGUCAGCGAGGGCCCUGGCAGCUCCCUGGUGGUGGAAGCCUCCUACAGUGGCUGCUAUGUCACUGAGUGGGACUCCCACUACAUCAUGCCUGUUGGAAUUGAAAGAGCAGGUGCGAGUGGACUUGGAACAGUUAUAGAGACAAAACUCUUCAAGUGUCCUAUGAAUCUCCCAGGUAAGGCUGUCCCAAAUACUGGCCUUUGUGACUCUGUCCCAGUGUGGGACCGACUGCCCUGUGCUCCUUCACCCAUCACCCAAGGAGACUGUGAACAGCUAGGCUGCUGCUACAACUCUGAAGAGGUCAUUUCCUGUUACUACGGAAACACAGUGACCUCACGCUGUACCCAAGAUGGCCACUUCUCUAUCGCUGUGUCCCGGAACGUGACCUCGCCCCCACUGCUCUUGAAUUCUGUGCACUUGGCCUUCAGGAAUGACAGUGAAUGUAAACCUGUGAUGGCAACACACACUUUUGUUCUGUUCCGGUUUCCAUUUACUACCUGUGGUACUACAAAAUGGAUCACUGGAAAGCAGGCAGUAUAUGAAAAUGAGCUGGUUGCAGCUCGGGAUGUGAGAACUUGGAGCCGUGGUUCUAUUAUGCGAGACAGUAUCUUCAGGCUCCAAGUCAGUUGUAGCUACUCUGGGAGUAGCAGUGCUCUCCCAGUUAAUGUCCAGGUUCUUACACUCCCACCACCCCUUCCUGAGAUCCAGCCUGGAAACCUCACUCUGGAACUUAAGAUUGCCAAGGAUAAACGCUAUCGCUCCUACUACACGGCUAGUGACUACCCAGUGGUGAAGUUGCUUCGGGAUCCCAUCUAUGUGGAAGUCUCCAUCCAUCAGAGAACAGACCCCAGUCUCCAGCUGCGCCUGGACCAGUGUUGGGCGACACCCAGCGCAGACGCCCUGCUCCAGCCCCAGUGGCCCUUGCUGGUGAAUGGAUGCCCCUACACAGGAGACAACUAUCAGACAAAACUGAUCCCUGUCUGGGAAGCCUCGGACCUGCUGUUUCCUUCUCACUACCAGCGCUUCAGCAUUUCCACCUUCAGUUUUGUGGACUUGGUGGCAAAGCAGGCCCUCAAGGGACCGGUGUAUCUGCACUGCAGUGCAUCGGUCUGCCAGCCUGCCGGGACACCAUCUUGCGUGACACCCUGUCCUGCCAGACGAAGAAGAAGCUCUGACAUCCAUUUUCAGAACAACACUGCUAGGAUUUCUAGCAAGGGUCCCUUGAUUCUACUCCAAGCCAUUCAAGACUCUUCAGAAAAGCUCCACAAAUACUCAAGGUCUCCUGUAGACUCUCAAGCUCUGUGGGUGGCUGGCCUAUUUGGAGUCUUAAUUGUUGGAGCCUUGUUCGUGUCCUACCUGGCCAUUAGGAAACGGAGAUGA